CAAGCAUCCAGCAGGAACUCAAUACUUACCACCGGCGUUUGAGGGACACCUACCGACCUGACCUCAAGGACGAGGCCGACCUUGGGGUGCUUCCCGGUAACCCCGUCUUUCACGACCUCGAGCCUCAUUUCUUCCGUCCCCCCGGGAGCUUGGUCUUGGAGCCGGAGGACAGAGAGAAGCAUGGCAGACAAGUCAGCGUUGCCGACCUCCUCACCACACAGCUGGACGAGGAAGCGAAGGACCUCCCGCGCCGAGUCCUGGUGGUGGGUCGGCCCGAGAGCGGCAAGACUGCGCUCUUCGCCGAGCUCAUUCACCUUUGGCUCCACGACAAGGAGAAGGUUCGUGGUAUGGUUGAAUACGAAACCCUCCUAGCUAUCCAGUGUCUUGGUAUUCAACCUCCUCCCGAUGCUAACGGGAAGACGAAACUCAGCCUCUCGGAUGAGGCUCUUAAGCGUCUUCCAGCGUCCUGCGGGAAAUUCGGUGAGGAGAAGGUAAAGUGUGUCAUGAGUGAAAUGAAAGUUCUCCUGCUGGUUGACUCCCUGGACGAACUCCCUCCGGGUUGGGCCAUCGGCGAGACGUCGUUUUCGCCUUGGACGAAUGUGCGUGUGGUGGCGUUCUCCGGCCUGAAGUUCAUGCAGGAUCACGCCCACGCCAUGCGCUACGAGUGCGACAGAGACCAUCUGGUGCUUCGUCUCUGGGGCGGGAUGGCUGCCAUUCCUGUCAAGACACCUCGCGAGGCUUCUGAAUCGAUUGCCGAGCUGUCAGGCGGUCUCUCGGGCCCCCUCUUCGACGCCUACUGCCAGAGACUCUGCCAGGUGCACGGGAAAGAGUAUGCUGAGUUUAAGAAAUAUUUAAACAGAUUAAUGAUGACCUUGUCGAUGGAAAUCAGAAAGCCUUUUAACACUUACGUUGCCUUCAGCGGAUGGAAAGUGUCUAGCUCCUUCACUGCAAAGACUGUUUCGGAGUUUUAUCUUGAAUGGUUUGCAUUUUGGAGUCGAAUAUACAAGACUAAAGUGCACAAGCAAAACUCAGACGCUACAUCGAUUAUAAAAAAGAGUAGCGAUGAUAUUGGAAAACUAGCCUUCACUGCUUUUGCAGAUGCACAGAAGAAGCUACUUGUUAAAAAGGACGAACUGCUUGACUAUGAGGAAAAGAGAGCCUUCUUCGCACAUACGCUCGUCCCGCACUAUAACUCUUCCGGUGAAGUACAGACAUUUACCUUCAGGAUUGCAGCUCACCAGCUCUACUUUUCGGCCAACUAUAUCAGUAAUCAACUUAAGGCGGAUCACACUCAAGCAAAGCACUUGCUCCCGCCUGAACAAGCGAUGUACCGCCCAAUGAUCCCAAUGGUCAUGGGCUUAACAAAGGACCUCCAACACUUCAGCGAAAUCGAGGAAAACAUCGUGAGCUUAGUAGACAUGGGACAAGGCUCUGACACCACCCGCUUCGGAGACCCAAUUAUAAAUCACGUUGUGCAGGUCCUUGGCGAAAGUGGUCGGUACAACAGGAUAGAAGGCAAGUACGACAGCAUUGUGAAUAAGUUAUUGGGUACGCUGCAUGAAAAGAAUUGGUAUAUAUUAGAUGGAAACAUGCUGCCGGAGGCACUGAAAGCUCUUUGUGAGUGUGGACAUGGUUUAACCGAAAGCGGAGACAGCGCACAGGAGAAUGAAGAUGGAAAUAGUGGAGGAAAAAACCCACAGAAAUUAUCCUUUCAAAUUACAGGUCUUUUACAUGAGACUCCUGGGCUGUGCAAACUCGUUGAAGCAAUAAGUCGGUGUAACAUCAGAGUUAGCUUGCUCCUUGACGCAACUUACAAAGGAACGGACGAGCAGCCAGUGGAUGCAAUUGUCAAAGCCUUACAGGCGAAAGGUCGUGCCUCCCUCGGGAAGCUCACUGGAUUCCUCAGCGACCUCUCCAUCCUUGACAGCCAUCCGGCCACGCGACGCAUCUACGCGCUCAGCCUCCGUAUCCGAGAAAACAAACAGUAUGAAGCGCUUCACAUGCUGGCGAAGAGGAGCAACAAGCUCACACGCAUCGCCCUCCGCAUCCCCAUUUCUGAGAUCAAAGUGAAGAAGCUCAAGGAGAUCCCCAUCUGCAUCAGCCACCUGAGCGUGUACAUCGAGGGCGUGAGCGACGAGACGCUGGGCAUGGCCAUCGGGGCGUGGAGGGCCAUACGGGGAACUACAUCGAGGAAGGAGCAGGAGUACCUUCGCUUCUGGGCCGUCAAGGGCAAACGUCUGUCCGCCUCUGACGUCAUCCAGGUGAUCGAGGCCGACCUCCCGGCGAAGCGCAUAGAAGUGCCUCUUCAUCAGCCCGUGAGCGACUACGACCAGAUCAGAAUCCAGGAGAAACUGAACACCGUUAAAGGAGUCGAAUUCAUCGUCAUGCUGCUGGGUUCGAGGCAACAUCCUCGCAAAGACUUGACAUCAUUGAAGAAGGAAGUGUAGUUCGGGGAUAGAAAGAAUGAGAAAGAUGUAAAGAGAUAGCAAGACAUUACAAAAUGCAUAUGAAAUUCACUUAGUAUUGCGUGAUAUUUGUUUCAACUGCUUCGGAUCAGCAUUAAGUAAUUGACAAUUAGAAAAUAAUUCGGACUGUUCUAGAAAACAAAAUCAUGCCUCUAAUUCAAGGUAAUAGUUUACACCAUUGCAGAAUGGUCCUCGAGCAUACGUUAACAAUGUUCCGUAUAUUAUUUGCUGAUUGUUGAGAAAUACUUCCGUAUGACUCUACGAUGUCUUUUACCAAUUUGGUUUGUAUUUUUUCUAUGAGUAACAUCAUUUCGUUGUUACUGUAUAUUGAUUUCAUACAAUACUUGGUAACAAGCAAUAAUUACUGCUAUGUUUUUUUCUUCUUUUUUUGAUAAGUCAUCCUUCGUCAUAAAAAAAACAGACAGAUAUGCAUGGCACACA